ACGGGAGCUUCGGCCUUUGCGCAUGCGCAUCGCGCCCGACACGUCCUUGGUUGAUGUGGCGGCGCCUCGGCAUUCUGCAAGGCGCCACCUUGUCGGCGUGUCUUAUGCCUGCGCCUGCCUCGUCGUGGGCGUAUGCUUCAACAGCCUCGCGCAUGUCUACCUCGAGACGAGUCCGUUCUGGCCGUCGUUCCAGUCGCAGUACACGGCGCCGUGGCUCGCUGCGCAGCUGCGAUCGCACUUGGUACUUGGCCCGACGUGGCCGGACCUCGACGUCACCGCAGUCGGCGUCGCUGCAUCUGAUGCGAUGGGCACGCCACCGGCGUACGCUCGGCAGCUGAUGUACGACGACUUGACGUCGCUCGAGGCAGCCAUCGCGGGGCUCUGGCGACUCGAGAGCAGCCACUUGUCAAUGAUACUGUCGGGCUACUGCUGGGCCGACUUGCAGCGGCGCUGGGCGCUCGGGCACACAGCGCGCCGUCAAGCGCGCUGCGAAACUGCGUACGUCGCUAACGCCGCCGUCUACUUGGAAGCGAUUCUGCGCAAUGUGGCCGACGUGCAGGCGUGGAAUGACGUGGCACGAUUUGAGAGCACGAUUGCGUUGCCGAUUGCGUCAACAUUUGAGGACGGCGCCGCCUGGGUCGACUCGGUCUAUGCCCACGCGAGAGCACCGAGCAUCGAGGAGGAAGCACGCGUGUGGCGAGCGCACGGCUGCCGCACGUUUGUGCUGCAGUGGGCCAACCGAAUCCAGGUCGGCGUCUUCGAGACCAUUCAGCUGCGCAACGCGCUGGGCAUGCGCCAGCCGUUCACGCUGCACGCACUGCCGUCAACGUUGAUGAGCAUGGCGUGGACGUCGUUGUACCUCUUUGCGGGUCUCUUCAAUGACUUUAACGCACUCGCCGCCGGCAACCUCAGCCUCGUCCGCACGACGCCGACGUUCUUUGGCCUCUCGCAGCCCGACCUGAUUGAAGACUUUAACGCGGGGUUGCCGCUCCCAAUACUCUACCAGGUCCUCCACGACCGCAUUGGCCCUCUCGGGUCCAUCGAUCUCUACUGGGUCUCCGUCCCAGCGUCGGUAGCCGAAGCGGUCGCAGCGUUCCGCGCAGAGACUGACAUGCUACCCAUGCCGUCGCUCACACUGCGCCCGACACCGCUGCACUGGCAAGAUCCCGCGCUGCGCUUCCAUGGCGGCAACCCCAUGUGCAUGAUGGGCAACCCGUUGCCGUACGUACGAGAAGCCUUUGGCUUUGACGAUGCUUGCGCGAGCUUAGCACCGGUGACGAUCACGCUCGAUCCGCUCAACAGCCUUUUUGGACUCUGGAUGACGCAGACGCCGGACGCCGCGUGCUCGUCUGUUCUCGAUACCACUGACGGUCGUGCCUGCGUAGCAUUCCUGCAGUCGCUAGCACCGUCUCUGCGCCGUCUGCCGCCGGUGCACGCCGACCUCGACGCCGUGUUCGCACAUCUCAACCUCUCGCUUUUGCAGUAUGUUGACUUCAAUCACACGAUCACCCUUGAUCUGCAGCCGCUCUUGGGGCAAUCCUGGGCGUUCUUUGGGUGGACCAUGGUCUACGACUGGGCCAUGCGCCGACGCGAAGUGGUCUCGUUCCAAGGCGACGAGGGCUCCAUGCACCUUCUCUCAGCGGAGUAUGCGCCCAUUCCCAACGCCAACACCAUCUCGACACCAACCGCAUGGGUGUACUACGUCAGUGUCAGCAACUGGGCCUUUAGCGCCGGUCUCAUCGCUGUGUUUUGCCUCUGCUUGCGUUACGAUUGCUGUCAGCAAUCGUCGGCGACCUGGUGGCGCUUUCCACGGCUGGUGUCGUCCGUGUACCUCAACCGAGGCCUCGUGAGCCUGCGCAGUCUGAUUGCGAUUGUGUGCUUGGCGACGGCUCCCGUGGUACCCCGCGCUGAAGACGGCGCCACCGCCCUUGUCUUUGAACCGCGCUCGGUGGUGGCCUCGAGCAUCUUGGCGAUCGAAGCGACGUGGGUGCUCUACUGCGUCUACGACAUGCUCCACCCGAUCCUCAGUCACCGCACCAACACGCGCGCGGCGUGCAGCGCCGGUGCUGCGGUGCUCACCUUGCUUGCCAUUGACCAAUUCGCACCCGUCCACGUGUUGACGCAGCUGCGUCGAUCCUGCGACUCGGUCAACAUGGACACGAUGAUCUAUUGCACCAGCGGCGUCGUGGCCAUUGGUGACGCGUCGCGCAGCCUCGUGCUCGGCCUCGUCUUGCUCGCGUCGGUGGUUCUCGGUAGCAUGCUUCCGCUGUCGGGGAGGGCCGAUGUGCGGUGUAUCCCAAACCUCGCCGUUCCGCUAGCGCUGGUCUCCUACCAGGACCCGACGCUGCGCAAUAGCACGUUUCUCGAUCCUGCGACCGCGGCCAUGAGCGGUCUCUUCCGCCUCUCGCCAGCUACCGUCUUUGACAUCAAGCUCUGGCGACCACUGCCCCUUGCCGACGACGUGCAAGUCCGAGGGACCCUGUUGCCGCAUUGCUCAAGUUUACAGCCUGUCGACUGCUGUAUGCAAGAACUCGGUGUGCCCGUCACUUGGCGACGCUGCGAGCGAAUUAGUCUGCUUCUCUGUGGCCUCGGCUUUCUGACCACGUCGCUGGUUGGGAACGUCCUCUACUUGCAGCGCGCCGAGAUGUACUUGGCCAACGACUAUGGCUGGGCUGACUUCAAUUCGACGGGCGCCCGCACGUGGCUCGGUAACCUCUUUAACGAAGCGCUGCUCUCCACCAACUCGGCCAGCAACAUCCUCGUGGAUGGCACCAGCAACGGCACCAUUGCGCAGCAUUACAAUGGGUCGUCGACCGUGCUACUCUGGGCCGACGGCAUGGCGCGGCGAGCGCACUACCGGCAUGACACUCCUUUAGCGGAGAUCAUCGUUGGUCUGCGGGCCAUGGACCCGUGCGUGCUGCCGUGGAUGUUUACACAGUACUGCUACCUUGACUUUGAUGGUGCGUGGGAGAUGGCGUUAACAUCGAUGCGCCAAACGCGCUGCUUGCGCCAGCGUUCGAACGGUGCUGUCUUUCUCGAGAGUGCGCUGCGCAACAUCAACGACUGGGGCGCUUGGGACCGCUGCUGGGGCAACUCGUUUGAAGUUGCGAUUCAGCGGCCGCUUGCGACGACCACGCGCGGCCAGCAAUGGCUCCAAGCUCUGAAAACCCGUCGAAACUCGGUGGAACACGAAGUAGCGUCCUGGGCCUCGCACCGUGUGACGCACUUUGUGCUCCAGUGGCAAAACUACAAGACGACAGGUUUGGUCGACUCGCUCACCAUCACAUCGGCGCUUGGACUUGCGUACGAUCUGCGGCUGAGCGAAUCCCGUGGCGUCCUUCAUCUGGAGCGACAGACGUCUCGAAAGAUGUACUGGUCGUUUGCCAGCGACCUCUGGGCCGUGGCGUCCAACGCGACAGCCAUUGCAGGCGCCAGUCUGGUUCGCGCGAGCGCCAAUUUUGCGUUUCUCAACACCACGAGCGAGGCGCUGCUUUUAGCCAAUAGCACACUUCCCACACCGCUACCGAGCGGACUGCAGGUGGUGCGAGACGCCCUCGGCCCGUUCAACGCGAUCGAUAUGCUCUAUAUACCGUGCCCACCGGCGCUUCAAGCUUUCUACCGGGAAGCCACAGCACAUAUUACAGCGGUGCUACUGACCAAUCUGCGGGCCCAAGCGGCGUUUGCUGCGAUUCCGCUCGCCAACCACACGCUACCCGUACCGCAGCGUGUCGAGUCCUUGGACCUCUUGACGUAUGGCGGCAACCUUCUCUGCGGCGACGACCUUCCGAAUUACCCACUGGCAUCCGGGUUCUACUGCUUUUUUGGGUCGCACAACAUGUGCCACGCCUACUACAACGAGUACAUUCCGCUGACCACGAUCGAGUUGCUUCUGUCGCUACUUGCGGCACCAACUCUAUUGGCAGUGAAUGCAACUGCGCUGUGCCUCAACGAUGCGCUGGCAUCUUCCACAUGCAGUUCGAUGUAUAUUAGCGCCAUGGCCUUUCUGCAGGCACAUGUCCCCGGCACGGUCGAGGCGAACGACGCCCUCGCUGACGUCCUCGCCUUGGAGUUGAAGCUCAUCCAGUUUGUGAGUCCCGCCAACGAUUCGUCACAAAUCACACUGCUUCGCCUGCCGCUCGCCGAGAAUACGUGGCGCAUCGACACGUGGCUCUACCUCGUGCAGUGGGCAGCGGGCGCGCGGGACGUUGUCUCGUUUCAAGGCGACGCUGGGGCACUCACGACCAUCUCGACGGUCUCGUCGCCGCAGAGCAUGACCCCGGAUCCGAAUGAGAUUCCGAAUACGAUCUCAUUUCUCUUCCUCACGGCAGUGCGGUACGUCACUGCGACGCUGAUUGCCGUUGCUCUUGUGGCCGCCAUCGUUGCUGUGCGCGACAAUGCGUACGUCAACGGCCUCAACCUCUUUGAGCUCAAUCGAGUCGUGGGGCAUGUCUGGAUAGGCCGGUCGUGGCUGCUGAGCCGAAGCGUCUCGGCGCUGUGGCUUCUCAACACGAGCACACUUAGCUUGGAGUCGUAUGGCGCCGGCACGAAAUUCGAGUCGCCGCCGCUGCACUGGGCGACAACCUUCUUGGCCGGCGGCGAAAGCACGUGGUUUGUCUACAUCCUCAACGACCUCUGGAGCUGCGUCACGCGGCAGUGGACCGCGUACUACGCAUACAAGAGCGCGCUGCUCGCGUGGGCUGCCACGUCACUGUACGUGACGAUCGCGCCGGUGCAGUACGUCGCGUCGAUUCAUCGCUCGUGCAAUUAUAUCGAGAUGGACUUGGGCCUGCGCUGCGUGAGCGCGUCCGUGCACAUUGGCAGCGCGACCCGCGUCGCCUUCGGCUUUGGUCUUGGCGCGCUCGCGGUCCUUGUAUGUUUUGGCGUCGAGCGGUGGCGGCUGCGGCACCUGCCGCCCAUGACGCUGUGCACGACCCUUCUGAACGCAACGAGCCUCCAUAUGCUAAUCACGUCCAAGGACCUUCUCGAUCGACCGUCUGCAGUCCUCGCCGGGGUCUUUGCACUGCGGAACCGGGACCAUCUCUACCUUUUCGACAUCAAGAGCUGGCGCUUCCUCGCGUUGCCGGUCGACGCAGCCAGUCGUUCCGCGGGCUGUCUGAUUCCGUUAAACCGCGUUUAAUGGCUUUGAGAUUUGAG